AUGAGCCACCAAAGAUACCCGUCCCACGACCCCCUAAAGGAGCCACACUCCGUCUCCCUCAAAGUCCUCAGGCUCUCCCGUCCCUCGCUCGUAACCCAGCACCCGAUCCGCGCGCCCCUGACUCCCUCCACCGUCCCCGUCGACGCGACCCCAGCCUCCCUCGCCUACGACACGACCGGCGCCACGAACCCUGCCCCGUUCAUCCUCUCCCCGAUCCUAAACCUCCCGCUGAGCUUCGGCUCCGCCUACGUCGGCGAGGUCUUCAGCUGCACCCUCUGCGCGAACCAUGAUGUACCCGACCCCGCACCCCUAGUCGGUCCGGGGGGACAGCCCCUCCCCGGCGCCGGCGGCGGCGGCGCCCCGAAGCGCAAGAGCAUCCGCGACGUCCGCAUCGAGGCGGAGAUGAAGACCCCCGGCGCAAACUCGGUCCAGAAGCUCGAGCUCUCCCCGCCCGAUCAUGCCGCCGCCGACGACGGCGACGCAAAAGGGACGGACCUCGGCCCGGGCGACACGCUGCAGCGCAUCGUCGACUUCGACCUCAAGGAGGAGGGGAACCACGUCCUCGCCGUGACGGUGAGCUACUAUGAGGCGACCGAGACCUCGGGCAAGACCCGCACGUUCCGCAAGCUGUACCAGUUCAUCUGCAAGUCCUCGCUCAUCGUCCGCACCAAGAUCGGGCCUCUCGCCCCCGGCGGGCGGCACGGGGCCCGCAGGCGAUGGGCCAUGGAGGCACAGCUCGAGAACUGCUCCGAGGACGUCAUACAGCUCGAGAAGGUCGUUCUGGACCUCGUCGACGGGCUGAGCUACACGGACUGCAACUGGGAGGCCGGGGGCGGCGCGCGGCCGGUGCUGCACCCAGGUGAGGUUGAGCAGGUGUGCUUCGUCGUGGAGGAGGCCGAGGGCUCCCUUCGGGCCCAGCCGGACGAGGACGGCCGGAUCAUAUUUGGCGUCCUUGGCAUCGGGUGGAGGGGGGAGAUGGGCAACAGGGGCUUUCUUUCCACGGGCAAGCUUGGCACAAGACACGUCGCCUGA